AUGGCUGAUAUAACAGAUCCCACGACAAAUCCAUCGUAUCAAGUACCCGAGCUACAACAACACGAUCCUCCAAUUGAACCCGAUCACCCACCUCCUCCAACCAACGAUGAUAUUGCAACGGAUGAUGGUUACGAUUCAGCCGCGCCUUCCGCACAGUCGUCAUCUCUGGCUUCGAGCGUGCGCGAUUAUCAAUUCGAGAAUAGUCGACGAUACCAUAAAUUUAAAGAGGGUUUAUACCAAUUCCCAAACGAUCUACCCGAACAAGAAAGAGAGGACAUGAAGCAUACGGUCGCGGUGCAUCUUCUUGGUGGGAAGUUGCAUAAUGCGCCUUUGGACCAUCCUCAGAAGAUCAUCGAUAUUGGGACAGGAACUGGAAGUUGGGCAAUUGAUAUGGGCGACGAAUAUCCCAGCGCCGAAGUCAUUGGGAUUGAUCUCAGUCCCAUUCAACCACCGUGGGUUCCUCCCAAUGUUCGAUUCCUCGUCGACGACGCCGAAGCACCGUGGCUAUACUCCGAAAACUCAAUAGACCUUGUCCAUUUGCGCAACAUGUCCACGGCAAUCAAGGAUUGGCCUGCGCUGCUGGGGCAGAUCUACCGCGCAUUAAAACCAGGAGGAUGGAUCGAGCUUCCUGAAUUCCGAUGGGUAUACGGAUGCGACGACGGAACACUACGUCCCGACUUUACCCCACCGCAAAUGGUGGCCAACAUUCGAGCUGCCCUCGCCAAGUCAGGCAUCGAGAUGCACGCUGCCGAGAAGAACCCCGAUAGACUGCACGACGCUGGGUUCGUCAAUAUCCGCCACGAGAUCAAGAAGGUGCCAGUCGGACCGUGGCCCAAGGACUCCAACCUCAAGAUGAUUGGACUCUAUAACAGGAGUGUCAUCUAUGAUGGUCUGUACGCAAUCACCAUCGGUCCCUUCACUCGAGCCUUGGGAUGGACGCCUGAAGAGGUUGAAGUCUUCCUUGUCAAGGUUCGAAAGGACUUGAAGGAUCCUUCGGUGCAUGCUUAUGUCCACUUCCAUUCGCUUUGUGCGCAGAAGCCUUUCCAACCAUAGACUGCCCUCUCAUGGCCUGCUGCGGUGGCGGGUUCUCGCAUCGCUAUCACAGUCCUCUCCCGUACGUGUAGGGAUCCUCUUACCCGUGUUUUAAAUAAUUCCAACCUCCUUCUUGAACAUCUCCAACCAUUGCGCGUGGUCAGCAGGUGUUUGGUUCCAAGGAUCGUCACUGACAGGCAGACAUCGAGCUUGAUGUCUAAGCUCCUCAUCCGAAGGAACAUGACAGAUCGGGUUAUUCGGUGACAUGGCGGCUUUUACCCAUCUCUUCAUCUCACGAGCAAACCAGGGGAGGUGAUUCGGGUCAUUCAAGACAUAGAUCCCCGGACCAAGCCACGUCGGUCGGAGGCCUGACUCCCCUUCUGCUCCAGGACUCGGGGUCGUCUGUGGUAUUUUAGGUGGUGAUUUGUCGUCUGACCAAAGCCAUGUAAAGUCAUCGAGUGAUGCAUCAAACGUGGAUUGAUCAGCGUUCUUGUCUGGUUCGUUUGCUUGCCAGGUCAUGCUUGCGCCCGACGGCCCAGCUUGCUCUCCAAAAGACCAACCAUUUCCGUCAAAGAGAGACGGGUUGUUCACCCAAGAUAGAUCAUGCUGUGUCUGGACACUUGUCGGCUCAGUAGACCAUGCUAUAUUACCUGGCGAUGGGAGUUUCCAGCUGUCAUCGGCUGACACCAGGUCUGCACGCCGCCGAAAGUCGCUUAUCCAAUUCGUCGAGUUAUACAGAAACCCAAUCAACCAGUUAGCCACAA